AUGCCCAAUGUGUUUAACCCCGUUCAGGAGAUUUGUCCACUCCAGGGGAACCCCAUCUCAAUAACUAACUCCGAUGAAAUUACUUAUGUUGCCACGCCAAAUGUUAUAUUCUCAACAGAACCCACAGAAUGUACAAAAUUGAGAAGACUGCUGACCUCUUCUGUGCGGAUAAAGAAGCUGCAGGCGUUGCCAGAUAUAGGGAUACUGACCAUUGUCUUCGAUGACCAUGUGGAAUUACGAAAUAUCAGUAACUUAUCAAACCUAAAUGAUCGAUGUUUCCAAAGCUUAAAUCUUCGGGUUGAGGAUAUCGUCACGUAUUCUUCUUCUAACGCAAGCCAAGCGCCCUCAAGGUCGUCUUCUUCUGAUAUCCUCUCUCUAGCAACUGUUGUCAUAGACAAACCAAUUACUAGUGAUAGAGACAAUCCAGCGAAUCCUGACGCCUUUAUAACGUUGUUGGCUCUUCUAUCGAAAAAUCAAAUAACUAUACUGAAAUGGAAUAACAGAGAGUAUGUCGACCGAUAUAACCUUUACGUCUCCAACAUCAAGUUUCUCAAAUUUACAUCCACUGAAGACCUUAUAUGCAUGUCUAGCACAAAGCCCAAUAUACUAAUCCACAUAAAUCUGCAGACGUCCAAAAUAUCACAUCAUGACCUAACUAGGUUUCUACAUCUGAGGUCUUCAAUGCUUUCUUUUACCAACAGCCACCACCUAGCUAGUCUUGGCUAUUAUGAUAAUCGAAUACUCUUCUUGAAAUUCGACGAAUUUCUCAAUGUAGACUACACCAACUUUGAUUCAUACAAUGCAACGAAAAUUUCAAAUGGACAUUUCAAGAAAUCACAAAUUUGUUUCCCCUUUAUUUUCCUAAUAUAUGACAACAGUUUAGAAGUUCGCAGUGUAAAAGACUUCAAGCUUUUCCAGGCAAUCCGAGCUAAUAGAAUAAUUGACGUUGGUUAUCACGAUAUGCGACUUUCCAUUCUAUCCAAAAAUGACAUUCGCACGAUUACAGCUUUUCCUUACAAUCGAAUUCUUGAAGGUCUAUAUAGCGAGAAAGACUAUGAUAAUGCCAUCCUGUUAAUUGAGAAUUUGGAUAUCCAUUAUUUUCUUUCUACUGACGAUGAAAGCAAGCGGGAAAAUGUCAAUCUAAACCAAUUCAAGUUCAUAAAGCUAAGAAAGUUUAACUUGCUCAAGGCGGUUGAUCUGAUGAAUGAUGGGUCCGAAAAUGAUUUUGCCUUGUCGAUUGAUCUCUUUUCUGAGUUUUUAGCCCCUCCUAAAUUAGUGGUGGAGAAUAUACCCAAACCUAUCAAAUUGAUUUUAAACAACGAGAGAAGCAAUAGUAACAACGAGGCUAAAGAUCUAAGUGCGUCUGAUAGGUUCUGUAUCAAUCAAUUGAUUAAAUAUUUAACAGAUUCCAAAAGGAAACUAUUACGCUUCAAGGAUAGUAAAGAUACAGUAUUUCAAUUUGGAAAUAUGGAAAUCUCACUCUCUAUUUAUCAAGAUAAUGAUCCUGGUUUCUCAGUAGAUGAAAACCUAAUUUUAAUUGAUGAUUAUCUAUUCAAAUGCUAUCUGUUGGUCAAUGUAAAGAUGAUUGGCCCAUUUUUAAGGUUAAACAACUACUGUGAUUUUGAUAUGGUAGAGGAAAAGUGUAAAGCACUAUGCUUAUCUGAACAAUUAGUUGCCUUUUAUUCUAGUAGGAAUGAUUACACCAAGGCAAUACGUUUAUUAAACGAGCAAGAAAAGUAUGACGAUCUACUAGCAUUUCUUCAAAGAAUGGUUCAAAACGAUGACCCACCUAUUGACUUGAUUUUUGAAAAUUUGAAAACCUUGAUAUCCGCCUUAAAAAAUAAUGAUGAUACAGAUCCAUUCUAUCUAGUCUUCUUGAAUGAGAGCUUUGACUAUUCUAAUGUCCACUAUGAUGAUAUAAUCAGGCAUCUACAACAAGAAAAAUGGAAGCAGUAUUUAUUAGAUUAUCUUGAAUUUAUUUUCACCCAUGAAAAUAAGACAAAUCUUCAAGUCACCACUCAGCUAUUGAAUAUAUACUUUGAAGAUAUUGACGGUAAUUCUGCGAAGAUUCAAAAACUAUUUGAAAAAGGUCAUUAUAAUGCUAACCAAGCUCUCGCAAGAUUGAAAACACACUCGAAAUCAGAACACGCUAAAAGGUUGAUGGUAUCUCCCCUUCAAAAAUUGGGCAGGUAUGACGAUAUAUUGAGCAUAUAUGUUCACGAAUUGAAAGACACCAAAGAGGCUGUUAAUUUUGCCUUGAAUAUGAGAGAUAUCAAAAAUGAUAGUCUGAGUAGAGGAUUAAUAUUCAAAAUUAUUGACAUGUGUUUGUUGGAGAAAGACCAUUCUAGUAUAGUUCAAUUUGUCCUUAAUAAUGCUAAUCUUGACUUUAUCAACUUUGAGGAAAUACUCAUAAAAUUACCAAACGAUAUGUCGAUGAAUUUAAUGUCGUCGUUGUUGCUCAUGAAUUUGAAAAAUAUGAAUACAAUCAAUCACAGGCUGGUUGUUAAAAAUGAGUUGUUGAGAGCUAACCUGACUCACUUGAAACUAGAUAAGAUGAAUUUGGAGAGAAAAAUGGUGAGAUUAACUUCUUCUAGUGUAUGUUCUAAAUGUGGACGCUAUUUUAACAAGUCGGAAAUUUUAUGUUUCCACCCUAACGGUAACAUUUUACACUACAAAUGUUCCAAAGUCACAUACUAG